AUGACCUUUGACAACCGCGGCGGCCUUCCCCCCGCAACUGAUACCCAAUCCCCCGCGUAUGACCUGCAUCCCGCUGUUGAUUCGACUCAAAUCUCGUCUCGCCUCCGCGCUCCCGGUCCCACUAACCACCGCCGCAACCUCCGCAAGUCCCUCAGUCUUUACCCCGCCACUCCAACCUCGGACGGGCGGCAACUUUUGAGGCGCCUCAAAAGUGACAACCCUCACACUCCAAGUUACCCCGCCACUCCAACUUCUGACGGGCGGCGAACUCCGUCCCGCGUGCGCUUCAACGAUGAGGUGGACGUUCUGAUGUUUGCUGACGUGGCAGCCGCUGCUGCCGCUGCUGCUGCUGACCUGGCAACCGCACCUCGUGACUUGGCAACAGCGGGUUCUAACCGUUAUAAGAACAACCAUGGGCGCGCAGCAGCGGGUGAUUAUAACGAGAUUUUGCACGGGUAUGGAAGCAACUCGGAAGGAGAGGAAGGAGAGGAGGGGGAGAUCGUAGAGGAGGAGAGGGAGCUGCUCUCAAGUGUUUCUCUCCCUCCCCUCAGCUUCUCCCUGCUGCUGGCUCUUGAGGAAACCAGCACUGCCGUCUCUUCACCCACCAGGUUUCCCCGCAGCAAGAGUCAGAACUAG